GCACAAGAACUAGGCGUUGUCCGCUGGGCGCUGUCUACUGGGCAUUGUCUGCUUGGCACAAGCGCUGUUACUGGGAGCUACCCGUUGGGCGCUAGGGCGUUGUCAGCUGGGAGCUGGCUAGUGCUGGUGCUGGUGCUAGUGCUGGCUGCGGACUGCAAGGAUAUGAGCAACGCCUUAGAGCAAGGGGCGACGCCAAGGCCAAUUGUGCAAAGCCCUAAGGCAGGUUGA